AUGGCCUUCCAAACUAGAGUUCUGAGAGAUGGCGAGUGGGUUACUGAAACCGUCAACCUGCAAGCCGCCUUGAAAGCAUCUGCCGCACCACAACUGGCCUCUGAACCCCUGCCACAGCCCCCAGUAUGUGGUAUUCUGUCCCAGACCAUUGUUGAAAGCCCCGUGGUCCGAUGGGUGCUUCCCGUUCGACUGCGCUCCAGCACUCAUAAUGAUAUUGCCUUUAUUGGUGAACAUUUUGUCCAAAUCAGUCAGCUUGGGAGGGAUGGUCAGGUCCAUGAUGUCCUGCGCAAAUCCGACUUUGGUUUCCGAAUUCGAAAUGCUGUUGUUCUCGGCGACAACCUAGAGCAUGGCUUAGACGAUGACCCAUACGGUGUCGCUGUCAAACCAGAACCGCCGUCUUCGCCGCUGUCUCCAGGUGCCCAUGGGAUUUUUAAUGACACCCAAAGCAAUUCGCUCCCCCCACAGCUGCUCGUAUUGAUGCUGGAGUCUUGCCAGUUGCUUUUUCUCUUUGUGAGAGAACGACCUGACCACACGUUGGAGUUCGUCAUAACCAAGUACGAUAACCCUCGGCUGCUGCCUUACAUGGGUUAUCAGCUUGCCGUGGACCCAUCUUCGCGAUAUAUGGCUGCUGCGACUCCAGAAGGCAUCUUCGUUGUCUACGAGUUGGAGGCAUUGUCGGAGCUCAAUAAGCAAUACACAGAACAGGGAUCCAUCGAACCCAUCAUGUCCAUACGCAUCCGUGCAGUCAGCGGCGUCAUUCACAAAUUAGAAUUCUUAUUCCCUCGCCGCGAGGAUGAGUAUCAUGUUAUCCUGCUCCUGAUCGUUGCUCGAAGGGAGCGGAGUCGUGGACCCCCUGUUUCUCGAAUGGCAACGUACGAAUGGGAGCUGGGUGAAGAUCUUCAGACCAUUUUUGCUGAAGAAAGGACUGGCACUCGACUCCCCAGGGAACAUAGGAUGCCUAUGCUGCUUAUUCCAAUCAGGUUCAAAACCGCCUUUUUCGCUGUUUCUCAGUUCCAUGUCGGCAUCGUAAAGUAUGCACUUUCGGGCUCGCCUGAAUUCGAAUCGUUACCGACACAACCUCCUGAGCCUACUUCGCUGUAUACUGGCAGUGGUGAGCCGCUCUGGGUCGCCUGGGCGAGGCCCUUCCGCCGGAAGCAGUAUUUUGAAAAAACAGACAUUAUCUAUCUGGCCCGUGAAGACGGCGCGAUUAUUCAUAUUGAAAUUGACGCCACCGAACUGCUCCCCUCGGUAACCAAUGUUGGAUGCGUGGGCGCCAAUAUUGACAUGGCAUUUGCUACAGCAUAUGACAUCUUUUCUGAUGUUCUCAUUAUUGGUGGAGACUCUGGCCCAGGCGGCAUUUGGAAGCUCGCUCCUCGUCAGGAUCUCCAGAAGGUUGGAAUCCUUCCUAAUUGGUCUCCGGUCGUUGAUAUGACAACGACAAACGAAUUCUCAAGCUGGUACGGCAACAACGCGGAUCAUCAAUUAGCGCAAUCCAGGACAACAUCGCAACAGCGGAAUAAGAUACGCAAACAAGACAGCAUUUUCAGCGCAUCCGGUCGGGGCCUCGAAGGAAGUGUAGUGCAAUGGAGAUGGGGAAUAGAGGCUCGAAUUGGACUGGACAUCGAAACCGGGGAACCCAUUAGACAAGCAUGGACAUUUACAGCGCAUCGUAACAACGAUAGAGAGCUCUAUGGGCUUUUGGCGCUGCCGCAUUCGUCAGUUGUUCUUCGAUUGUCAGAAAGUCUGGAUCAAGUCGAUGCCAUACCACCUGAAGACACGCCGUUCGAUUUGGCAUCUAGGACUCUCCACACUGUUCAAGUGUCAGAGACUAUAGUUCAAAUUACGGAAAUGUCAAUCAAUGUGGCUACUCCUACAGCAAGCUCACGAUGUCUCAUUGCAGAAGCCGUUGGCAUGCCCGAUGCCACGGCAGAAAGUGCUUUUUGCAUUGGGCAUACCGUCGUAUUCUCCACGCAUGUCGGACAAGUCUCUCGGUUGCAUACCAUGAAAGCUGAGGGAAUCGAUUUUGCCAUGAUAGGGAGUUGGGAUGCACAGGGUGAAGUAACCUGCGUUUCAAUAUUCACCGUAUCGAGCAACAGCUUCAUCGCGGCCGCUUCCAUGUAUAAUGGAGUGCCAUGGAUAUCCAUCUACUCAGCCUCUGGGGAAGCUAUUGUUUCGAAGUCCAUCACAUCUGGUCAAGAUGGAGUUGAUGGUGCUGAACUGGAAGCACUAACGAGCAUCUCGGUAGCCCACCAGGGUGAGGAUCAAGUUGACCUUAUUCUGGGCUCUCGUUGCGGCAGCCUUGUCACUGCUCGAAUAUCCGACCAAUCUCCGGACAAUAUGACAUGGAACUCUGAAGCCAUUGGCGUGGCUCGAGUUGAAGUAUUUCCAUUUUCAGUCCCUUACACCGAAACGUCGACGGCUUUUGCUUGCUGUGAUAAUAAACUGAUCCUACUCAGCAACUUUUCUCCAGAUGAUUGUAAAUUCACCAGCAAACACUUCGUAUGGCCAACAGAUUCUAAUGAACCAUCGAUGCCCUCCCCUCCGAUUCAUUCUGUCCACAGGGUACCGCAAAAUCUCUCUGGGCAAGAUGGGCAUAUAUCUCUUCUAAUCCUCGCGGGGUCAAGGCUACUCUUGGCUGACUGCGGCCCUCGCAUUGGAAAUGUGCCCAGGUCUAUCUCUAUUCACGGUACUCCGACAAGAAUCAUAUUCUCGCAUGUGUUGAACUGCCUAAUCGUCGCGAUGGUUACGGAUGAUAGGCCCACUCUGCUGUUUAUUGACCCCGAGACAGGGCUGAUUAUCUCUGCUCCAACCGACAAGGAUCGGCAUCGUGUUGAAUUUAUUUCUGGCCUUGGCCGUCCCGGCGACAGGAUAUUUGGGCUCCAUGAGUGGCUAUACAAGAAAGAUGGAAGGAUGUUCCCUUUCCUUCUCGUAACCACCCAACAUGGAGAGCUCAUUAUCGUAUCUACGGAAAAGUUCUAUGCUCGCGAGGGUGACCCCGACAGUAGACAACUGAGAUACUGGACACGAUAUAAAAAACGUCUCCGCGGUGAAAUCUUUUCGAUUACAGGGGAUUCAGAAGGACUAAUAUAUUGCGUCGACCGGACACUUCAUUGGGAAGUCCUCGAUCUGGUGGAGAGAAAACUGAGACCUGUGAAACAGUUCCAAUUAGACUCUCCAGCAACGUCUCUGCGCGUCUCAGGGGGCAAGCUCUUUGCGCUGACGGCUCUACACUCUUUAGAAGUGAUAGACUACCAGUCUGAGGAUGAGGAGACCAUGGAACUCCUCCAUGGUGACCAAGUCUCUAGGCGAGCGGUCCAUAUGAUAGACGUGGGCGAUCCGACUGACGGUCAUGGUCGGUGGCCAUUGACUCUCAUAUCAGACCAGGGAGGUAUCAUAGCUGGCGUCUGGGUUCCUCUGGGGCAACGGGACAAGGAAUUCGACGUGGUAUUCGAAGGCAUGCUAGCAUCUUCCGUGAGGAGAUUUGCGCGAGCCCACAGCAGGCCGCCAUGGCUCGUAGACAAUACUCAGCGACGCUAUGGGACACUGCCGAGCACUCAUGAUGGGACAGACAUCAUUGGCGUUUCGCUGGAUGGUUCAAUGCAUCAAUUUACGUUGCUUGGCCCUGAGCUUUGGCGAUUCUUAUUCACGGUCCAGAUACUGGCCCAGAGAAAAGGCGGCAUUGUUCCACUCAACACGAUACAUCGCGACGAUAAGGUGGACAUUAUGGAUCCGGAUUUGCACCCAAGUUCAAAGAUGAUGCACAUAGACGGAGACCUGCUGAAGCGGUGUUUGCAUUUGCACAUGCUAGAGAGGAUUGUGAAAUCCGAGGCUACUUUUGCAUUAUUUUGUGGUCACCUCGAUGCUAUAGGGGGAGGGAGUUACACUACUGACUUCAAACGCGAAGGCGAAUCGAGGCGGCGAGAGAGAUACUUUGAGCUUGGCUAUGAGAUUAUCAAGUUUCUCGUCUCACCUACAUUGUAA